AACGCCACGCCCGGAACACUUGCUCUGAUCGGAACACCAAUACGCCGAGGCUCAUUCUUUCUUGCCAAAUAUGGAACUGAGCUUCCUGGCAUACCUACCCCACACGGAACAGCUUGUAGGAGGGGAAAUUUAUCUCUAAUCUUGGGUAUUUCAUGGCUGAGAAUCGAGUUUUGUACAGCCUGCUUGAAGGGAACACAAAAGAUCACACCCAAAGAUGGAAGCAGUAACGAUGAACGGCGCAGACAAAACUGUAAAUGGAAAUGGUGCUCAUGCAAAUGGAUCAAGUAAACAUGGUUUGAAGAUUCUGAUUGUUGGUGCUGGUGUGGGAGGCUUGACUGCUGCACUGGCACUCAGGCAGCAGGGACAUGAAGUUCUGCUUUUCGAGCAAUCGCAAUUUGCGAGUGAACUGGGUGCUGCUAUGCAUCUUGCGCCAAAUGCCAAUGGGAUAUUGAGACGGCUUGGCAUUUUUGCAGAAGAAUUUGGAGCAAAUCCGAUGGAAUGGUUGACGGAAUACAAAUCAACCGGUGAAGAAACGAGGAGCAUGUAUGUCAAAGACGCGAAUUCGAUCUGGCAGCACCCCUGGCUACUGGCUCAUCGAGUGCACUUGCAUGAUACCCUGAAGCACGCCGCAACAGGAGCCAAAGGGAAAGGACUACCCGCAAAACUUCAUCUUGGCACCAAAAUUGUGGACGUCGAUGUCUCUAAAGCAUCAGUUACGUUCGAAGACGGCUCCACGGUUCAAGGAGACUUGGUCCUCGGAGCUGAUGGCGUCAAGUCCAUCAGCAGAAAGAAAGUUGCUGGGCGAGAAGUGACUCCUUUUGGUUCCGGGAAAAGCGCGUUUCGAUUUCUCAUUACCAGAAAAGCUGCUGAAGAUGACCCUGUCACAAGCAAAUUUGCCCAGAAAGCCGGAGAGUUGAUCAUUUGGUACGGAGCAGAUAGACGAGUAGUCAUGUACCCCACCACCAACAACGAAUUGCUGAACUUUGUGUGCAUCCACCCAGAAUCUGAGACUGAUGCUGGAAAUGAUCCUUGGAACACCGAAGGAAACUAUGAUCGGAUGUUGAAAGUGUAUGAGGGCUUUGAUCCCGCGCUUCUCGCGUUGCUCGGCAAAUCAGACCGAAAGUCGCUAAAAGUCUGGAAACUGCUUGAUAUGGAGACACUUCCUUCAUGGGUUAACGAUCGGUUGGCAUUACUUGGUGAUGCAGCCCAUCCUUUUACCCCUCACCAAGGGCAAGGUGCAGGUGUUGCUAUCGAAGAUGCUGCGAGCUUGGCAGUCUUGCUGCCGCAAGAUACUCCAGUUGAAGAAAUUCCAGAACGACUCAGACUUUAUGAGAAGAUCAGAAUGGACCGUGCACAUCGCAUCCAAGAUUUCUCAAGAAUCGCUGGGUCUGAUUUGAGAAACAAUGUAAAAUUCGACAUGCGAGAACACACAAAUUACAACGUUGGGCACGAUGAAUGGGACAAUUCAACUCAAGCUCUUCGAAAAUGGACUUGGGCAAGGAAUCCAAAUAUCUACUGGAGAAUGCCAGUUGCUUUCGGACCCAUGCCAGGACCCCGUCAAACAUUUUCAGGAGCGGAGCGCAAAUCCAAACACUCAACCUUCACCACCGCAUCCAUCAAAUUCAAGACGUCACGAACUCUCCUCCAGAAUCUCUUCCCGCCAAACAGCUCCUCAUACAGAUUCAAAUCUCCCGGAACCGUCGCGUACGCGUCAUUCUCCCAGACCACUCUCGGUAAAAUGGACUGGCUAGGAGGAUCAGGGUACAAGCAUCUGGGACUGUACAUCCACGGUGUCGAGUACGUGAAGAAGAACGGAGACGUGAUAAGCGGCACAUACAUGCCCCUCCUUUUCGAAAGCUUAACGGACCCCAUCGUUUCCGGACGAGAAGAACUCGGGAUGCCGAAGUUAUACUCGUCUCUUGACAUUCAUCGACGAGAAAAGUCCUACCGCAUCAACAGUGGCUGGGAAGGUGCCAUCUGGGGCAAUUUCGUCUGGGAUGGUCUGAGAGAAGCUGACCCUCUUGCUGAGAGUGGAAGCAUUAGUGGUGAAGACGAUGAUGGGAUUUUGGUGUAUCGAUAUAUUCCUACAGUCGGGUGGAAGAAUAAGGGGAAGGCUGAGGCAGAGUAUCCUGUGUUCGUGCCUUACAAAGAGGACUCCCUCCAGCCGAAGACAGAGAGGGUGUGGAAGGCUGACAAGGCAAGCUUCAAGCUCGAUGCUUUGGAUGUGGAUGCACUGCCGACGUUGCAUCAUGUUAUUGAGAGACUGGCGGAGUUGCCUGUGUAUGAGAUUGUAGGUGCGAAGAUUGUGGAAGGGACGGGAGUUCCGGAUGUAAGGGCAGCCCAGCGACUUGAGUAGGAGCUUUUUUGAUGUAAAUUUGGAGCAUAUACAUAUCUAGAC